AUGAGUGCUGCUGAGAUGUUAGGGAUGUUCUUGAACAUCUUAGGACAUGGUUCUGCAAAUAGGCAAGCACAAGAUCGCUUUCAACAUUCUGGUGAGACUGUGAGCAGAUAUUUUAGUAUCUUACUUGAUGUUGUAUGUCGUUUGGCUGUGGAUGUAAUUAAACCAUUGGAAAAUGCGUUUAACAACACUCCAAAGGAAAUCCUACAGGAUUCUAGAUAUAUGCCUCAUUUCAAGGAUUGUAUUGGUGCUAUAGAUGGUGUUCAUGUGCAAGCUGUAGUAUCUCCUUCUAAUCAAAUACCAUUUAUUGGUAGAAAAGGGAUACCUACCCAAAAUGUGAUGGCUGCAUGCAAUUUUGACAUGAAAAUAUUAUCUGGUAGAUGCGGGAUACCCACAAAUAAGAGGCUACUUAGGAUAGGACCAUAUAAAGGUGAAAGAUAUCAUCUUCCUGAUUUUCGUAGGGGUGUUCAACCGAUGGGUCAUAAAGAGGUAUUCAAUCAUGCACACUCUUCCCUUAGAAGUGUUAUUGAACGCACUUUUGGAGUAUGGAAAAAGAGAUGGAGUAUUUUACGAGACAUGCCUAGUUAUCCUUUUGCAAAACAAGUCAAAAUAGUUAUUGCAACCAUGGCACUUCAUAACUAUAUAAGAAGACAUGCCAAACGUGAUUGUCAUUUUGAUGAAAGUGAAGAUGACCUAAAUGGUACUCAAGAUGAAGAGAUUGAGAGAGAGGUUGAUGCACAACAAGAAGAUGGUCCUGUAACACAAGAAAUGGAGGCAUUGAGAAAUAAUAUAGCCGCAAGUUUAAUGAGUUCAUCUGCUUAG